CAGGCGCACUAUCUGAAGCUCAGACUCCAGCGCAGGCGUACUCGAUUCCUUUCCAAUUCUGCUUCCUCAGCCUCGGAGCGUCGCUGGGCUUGGGUGGGCCCCAGCAACGAGGGCACCGGCAACAGCGAGAGUGACAGCGUCUGCGUGAGUCGUGGGCGGAAAUGGCGAUGGCGAUGUCGGACAGUGGGGCGAGCCGCCUGCGGCGGCAGCUGGAGUCGGGAAGCUUUGAGGCGCGGCUGUACGUGAAACAGCUCUCGCAGCAGUCAGACGGGGACCGGGACCUGCAGGAACACCGGCAGCGCAUCCAGGCCCUGGCGGAGGAGACAGCGCAGAACCUGAAGCGUAACGUCUACCAGAACUACCGGCAGUUCAUAGAGACGGCCCGUGAGAUCUCCUACCUGGAGAGCGAGAUGUAUCAGCUCAGCCAUCUGCUGACUGAGCAAAAGAGCAGCCUGGAGAGCAUCCCGCUUACCCUGCUGCCGGCUGCUGCUGCCGCCGGGGCCGCAGCAGCCGCGGGAGGUGAGGAGGGAGGAGGGGGCGCUGGGUGCCGAGACCACCGCCGGGGCCAGGCUGGUCUUUUCACUACCCCCGGCGGCGCCUCCCGCGACGGCGCGGGUCCGGGCGAGGAGGGAAAGCAGCGCACUCUCACCACCCUGCUUGAGAAGGUGGAAGGCUGCAGGCACCUGCUGGAGACGCCUGGACAGUACCUGGUAUACAACGGGGACCUGGUGGAAUACGAGGCGGACCACAUGGCCCAGUUGCAGCGGGUACACGGCUUUCUCAUGAACGACUGUUUGUUGGUGGCCACCUGGCUGCCACAGCGGCGGGGGAUGUAUCGCUACAAUGCCCUCUAUCCCCUGGAUGGUUUGGCCGUGGUUAACGUCAAGGACAACCCGCCCAUGAAGGACAUGUUCAAGCUGCUGAUGUUUCCUGAGAGCCGCAUUUUUCAGGCGGAAAAUGCUAAAAUCAAACGAGAGUGGCUGGAAGUACUGGAAGAAACCAAGAGGGCUCUCAGUGAGAAAAGACGAAGGGAGCAGGAGGAGGCAGCAGCUCCUCGAGGGCCGCCCCAGGUGACUGCCAAAGCUAACCCGUUUGAGGAUGAAGAAGACGACGAGCCAGCCGUUCCUGAGGUGGAAGAAGAGAAGGUGGACCUCUCGAUGGAAUGGAUUCAGGAGUUGCCCGAAGACCUGGAUGUCUGCAUCGCCCAGAGGGACUUCGAAGGGGCCGUUGACCUGCUGGACAAGUUGAACAAUUACCUAGAAGAUAAGCCCAGUCCACCUCCGGUGAAAGAACUGAGGGCCAAGGUGGAUGAGCGCGUCCGACAGCUUACCAAGGUGCUCAUGUUUGAACUGUCCCCGGGUCGUUCCCUGAGAGGUGGCCCGAAGGCGACACGCCGGGCAGUGUCUCAGCUCAUCCGGCUUGGCCAGUGCACGAAGGCCUGUGAGCUGUUUCUGAGGAACAGGGCAGCGGCGGUGCACACGGCCAUCCGCCAGCUUCGCAUUGAAGGUGCCACUUUACUCUACAUUCACAAGCUGUGCCACGUCUUCUUCACCAGCCUCCUGGAGACCGCAAGGGAAUUCGAGACGGACUUCGCGGGCACCGACAGUGGCUGCUACUCCGCCUUCGUGGUCUGGGCAAGGUCGGCCAUGGGCAUGUUCGUGGAUGCUUUCAGCAAGCAGGUGUUUGACAGUAAGGAGAGCCUCUCCACAGCAGCUGAGUGUGUCAAAGUGGCGAAGGAGCACUGUCAACAACUCGGUGACAUCGGACUGGACCUCACCUUCAUCGUCCACGCCCUUCUGGUGAAAGACAUCCAAGGGGCCUUGCACAGUUACAAAGAAAUCAUAAUUGAAGCCACCAAACAUCGCAACUCGGAGGAGAUGUGGAGGAGGAUGAACCUGAUGACGCCGGAGGCCCUGGGCAAACUCAAAGAGGAGAUGAAGAACUGCGGGGUGAGCAACUUCGAGCAGUACACGGGGGACAACUGCUGGGUGAACCUGAGCUACACGGUGGUUGCCUUCACCAAACAGACCAUGGGCUUCUUGGAAGAGGCCCUAAAACUGUACUUCCCAGAACUGCACAUGGUACUUUUGGAGAGCCUGAUGGAAAUCAUUUUGGUUGCCGUUCAGCAUGUGGAUUAUAGUCUUCGGUGUGAGCAGGAUCCAGAGAAGAAGGCUUUUAUCAGACAGAACGCAUCCUUUCUGUAUGAAACAGUCCUCCCCGUGGUGGAGAAAAGGUUCGAAGAAGGCGUGGGGAAACCCGCCAAGCAACUCCAGGACCUGAGGAAUGCGUCUAGACUUAUUCGUGUGAAUCCUGAGAGCACCACCUCCGUGGUCUGACGCUUGGCUCUGUUUACGUGUGCACAUAUAUAUUGUUUCUGUAUUAUUUAUAUUUAUAUUAAGUUGCAUUCGCAUUUUCUCUGUAGUCUCAAACACAGCUUAACCAUAAAAGAUGCCCUCUCAGAUAGAAAUUCAAAAGGAGAAAGAAAAAAGUGUUAAACCCAAAUAACAAAAACGUUGCCAUUAAUAAAAUAUAUAAUAUGCUUUCCUUUUAAGUUAUGCUAACUCUCUAACGACUAUAUUGUCACACUGUAUCAUCUUAGCUUAUCCUUUAAGUCAGAACACACUUCCUCAUAGUACAUGCUGUGCAGCACAGGGAAGUAACAUGUCUAAGUAUUUUAUGAAAAGUUUCCCAGCUUGCUAAAAUGUUAGAUUUCUUAAAAGGUCCAGUGCCAUAUAAAACAAUCUGCUUCAUAUACUUUCCCACCUUAAAAUGUGAUUAAACAGUUCGGGGUGGGGGGAGGACGAGAUGAGAAAAUUGGUUUUAGGGUAAAUUUUGUUCAAAAGAAUUCCUUCCUGAAAGUAGCUAGGGUGCGUGCGCAGAUACUCUGACCCGUGUAGCACACACGAGGACACAUUCAUAGAACAGCCCGGCAAACAUUUCCAGUGUGAUUUGAAUGGCUACUUAUUUUCAGCUGCUAAGUAGUAGCUUUAUAGUAUUUGAUUUGGGAGCAUUGACUUGAAAAUCUCAAGGACUAUGACAAACAUUUUUUUCAGCAUAUUCCUGAACUGUGUGAAUGUUCGUCUGGCUAGGGCUUUUGUCUCUAUCAUUAAACAUUAUAAUAAUAGUAAUAAAAACGGGACACAUUAAGGAACCUGGCAGCACCAGUAAUUUUUAGCCGCCCCUCCCCACUUCUGUAGUGGCUCAAACUUCAUGCAAAUGGGAGAAAAGUUUUCAUUGAAAUACAUACUUAGAUACCAGGAUCUGGUGGAUGGGAAAUGAGAAAUUAGCAAGCCCCAUACUGUUCUCAAGUGUAACUGCUUCGAGCAGAGAAUUGUGUGUGCUGUUUUGGUAACAAAGUGGAGAACAGAAAGGUGAGGUUUUUCUUCCCAAACCAAGGGAGAAAAAGACCCUUCUGAUGACUCUUAGAAUGCCCCGGGCUGCAUUUUUCUUGUUUUAUCUUUUAUUUGCCUUAUUUUUUUUAAAUGAACAUAAUCCUUACUUCAGAUUGUUUAACCAAGGAAACUUGAACUUCCCAAGAUUUCUAACCUAUUGCCUCUGUUGUGUAUCGAUUCUACGACGCUGCUCAGACCCUGAGAGAGACCGUGCCGGCGGAGGUCCAGUUUUUCCCAGCUACGAGUUGUGACUCUUGUUUAUAGGUGCCAUUUCUGAUGCCAGUUACUUCAAAGGGUCAUUUCUUUUAUCCGAAUAAAAAUAGUGGUCUUCAGACUGAGGAAAUGACGUAAAACCUCACAUAGCUUCCAAUACUGGCUUAGUUACAGUUGUAAAACUCCCUGACAUAAUUUUACUCAGGCCAGAGGAGCCUUUUAUUUUAUGUUUACCUCUGCCCAUUUAAAAGGUUGAAAAUGAUCAAAGUUAGAGAUUUCCUCUGACUAAGUUUUUUUACAUCACUUGGGGAUUUUCUAGAUAAUAACCAUACUGGAUAUCUCCGCUGAACAAAAAGUUAUAAUUUGUCUUUUUUAAGAUCACUGGAAACUUGAAUUUGAUAAAAACUUUGUGAUUCUUUUGUGCCACUUAACAGUUUCUAAAAUGAUACUGUGUGAAACACAUAUCAUGUACAUACUUGAUGCUGGGUCCAUAAGAUGAUCGUCUGAAAUGAAAACUACUUUGAAGGCGUGGAGUCGUAAACACUUAACUGUGUGUGUACUCAGAUAUUGACAUGGUUGCCUCUUCAUAGAACUGUCUGCUUUUUAAAACUGGAAGUCAGAAUUUCCUUCUCUUAGAAUGUGUGUGCUCCUUCGUCACAGUUGGAGCCGAAGGAAGUGUGCUUUUGGUGGAUCAGUUAGUGGGGGGUUGGGGGGGUCAAAACCCCCACUGUGAAGAGUGCACCUGUGCACCGGGACAGCGCGAUUAUAUGGCCGUCCCUCAGAGUGGGGUCAGAGCUCUUCUCUCUCCUUUUCGUUUCAUUAGACUCCAAGGCAAGUGCUCAAGCUUGAAUGCACUUAGAGAUCGCUUGGAAUGUAGCAUGAGCUGUAACAAACCACUGAGGGCUGACUGCCUUACUUGCUGGCCUCCAACAUAACACUAUCGCUUGACCUUGGAGUCACAGACUGGACUGAACUCAUUACUGUUGAAAAAACACACCCUGUGGAAUUAAGUCUCUCUUUGAUUAAAGCCUCCGGCCCCGUAAGUGCUGAAGACUCCUGUUUUUGUUGAAAAUAGCACCUGUACCUACAUGAUCAGCAUUUGUAUUUUGCAACUUGCUUAACUGGGAUUGGUAAUUUGGGACCUGCCAUGUAGUGUAAAACCGGUUUACAGACACAUUGCCUAUUGCCAUGCUGUGAUAUGAGGGACCUGAAACGUUUGUCAAAAUAAAGCUUACAAUGUUUCCUACACUGGA